AUGGAUUUCUACUCCGACGACGACUCGGACCCCGAUUUCGACGAGGGCCUCCAGGAGGACCUCGACCUUGUCCGCCGCUCCUGCAUCAUCUCCGGCGCCGACCCGGACGCAGCCGUCGCACAGGCCUCCUCCUACCUCGCCGUCCCCUCCGCGACGACGACAGCGGCGGCGGCGGCGGCGGCGGCAAGAGAUGGCUCGUCGGACGAGGGGGAGGGGGAGGAGGAGGACGAGGACCUCGCCCUCGUCCGCAGCAUCCGCGAGAACCUCCACCUGAACAAGGCCUCGCCCUCCUCGCCGCGCCCGAUCUGCGCCUGGCCGCCUUCCGACGCGGAGGACGACGAGGAGGACGACCUCGAGACGCUCCGCGCGAUACAGCGCCGCUUCUCGCACUACCACUCCGGUACCUCCACUGGUCCACUGGAGAACAUGAAAAACGAGGCAUCAAAAGGAGGGAAUGAUGAAUUUAUUGCACAUCGACCUGGUGAAGAGGAUGCACAGAAGAAAAAUAUGAAUGCAAACACUCAAACUGGGUUCCCAAAAGCUGCACUGUUGUUAGUGGAUGCUCUCAAGAAGAACAGAGCAUGCCAGAAGUUUAUUAGAAGGAAGAUGAUUAACAUUGAAGCAAAGAUUGAAGUAAAUAAGGAUCUUAGGGACCGUGUCAAAUGUCUUAUGGAUUAUCAGUACAGCUGCAGAAGAUCAUUUGGCAAAGUUUUGUGCCAGAAGGUGGAUCCUCGUGUUCGAUUGAUUUCCUCUCAAAAACAAAGCGCGCAAUCCGCAAAGAAUAAAUAUAAGAUGCCUGCAUUACUUCUCGGCCCAGCUGAGAACCCUCACGUUGAGAAGUAUAAAGCAGUUCUGAAGCAAUUCCCAGUGUCGCUUCAGAAGCAUCCAUGGUCAGAUAUAGAGAAAGACAGGCUUGCUAAAGGAAUAAAGCAGCAGUAUCAGGAAGCGUUAAUUAAGGACUCGAUGAAGAAUGGAAGUUCCAGUGGUGACUUCAGUGCUGUCGAUAUGGCUUAUGCACUGACAAACACUGUGGGUAAUUUUGAGGCGACUCCUGAGAUUCUCCGGUCAGUCUUGCCAUUAGUAAACUGGGACUUUAUCGCUGCUAUGUACCUGCCUGGUCGAUCCGGUGCUGAAUGCGAAUCAAGGUGGCUAAACCAUGACGACCCACUGAUUAAUCACAACGCCUGGACUGCAUGUGAGGAGAAAAGACUUAUACUAACUGUCCAAGAAAAAGGAAUGCAUAACUGGAUUAAUAUUGCGGUUGCAUUGGGUACGCAGAGAACACCUUUCCAGUGCCUUGCCCGUUAUCAACGAAGUCUUAAUCCCCACAUAUUGAAGAGGACCUGGACAAAAGAGGAAGAUCUUCUACUUUUAGCUGCUAUCCAAACUUAUGGUUGUAACUGGCAACUUGUAUCAGCUAAUCUGGUUGGUCGCAUUGGCAACCAGUGCUCUAACAGGUACAGGAAAACGCUAAUCCCUGAAAGGAAAAGGGUGGGGAGAUGGUCUGAGGACGAGGACAAGCGCCUCAUGGUAUCUGUCAAGCUUUUUAGGUCUGGCAGCUGGAAUAAGAUUGCUCAGUUUGUUCCUGGCCGUACGCAAAGUCAAUGCAGCGAGAGGUGGCGUAAUGUUCUUGAUCCGGAUAUAGAGCAUGGGGAAUGGCGCCCUGAAGAGGAUUCGAAGUUAUUGGCUUCAGUCCAUGAGGUUGGUCCCUGCUGGUCCAAGAUUGCUGGGGCUAUGAUUCCUCACCGUACUGAUAAUAUGUGCUUGAGGCGAUGGAAAAGACUGUGUCAAGAUGAAUUACCUUUAAUGAUAGCAGCCAAUCAAGUAAAGAAAUCUAUUUUCCAGACCAACUUUGUUGAUAGAGAAACAGAGCGACCUGCAAUUUGCCCCAGUGACUUCCCAUCACUUGUGUACUCGAAAGUUGACAAGGGUGAUGAGAACACUGUGAGUGAUCAAGUCAAGAAACCUCGAAAACGGUCGAGAAAAUCAAGUGUGGAUAACGUGCCACCUAACGACCCCUCGAAAUCUUCUGCUGAUGCUGCCGCUGUAAACACCACCAAGAGAAAAUCAAGGAAAAAAUUAUCUGGAAUUGGAGCUGAAAACCAAACUGGAGAGGAUAUAACUGUGUCUGAUGGUGUCAACAAUUCCUCUAUGGGCCACAGCAGAGCUAGGAAGAGGAAAGUUACCACUGAUGGCGAUGUGGUUGUGCAAACAAGAAUGAGGGGAUCAAUCUCUGUUGAUAACGAGCUCACCCUAGAUAUACUUGGGGGCCCUAUCAGUUUCGAUGAUGAGGCACCUACUAAUCAAAAGAGGGACCCUACGUCCGUCGGUAAAGAAGGCACAGCUAAAAAGAAAACAAGGGGCUCUGUGUCUGUCGGCAACGAGGGACCUGUCAAAAAGAAAAUGAGGGGCUCUAUCUCUGUUGGUGAUGGGAGAGCAGUCAAAAAUAGGAUGAGGGGUUCAGUCUCUAUUGACAACCAAGGCAACACAACGAAAAGGAAGAGAGUAUCAAGGAAAUCAGCCAAAGGCAAUUCAAAAACAGAUGGUGAGGUGAACACUUGUGAGAUGGACCUUCCAAGUGUGCCCUCUGAAGCUGCUGCAGAAAGAGGCAUUGAUACUGGAAAUACGAAUAAGAUGAAGCGGAAGUCUACUCCAAGACCCAAGCUAAUAAACAUGGCAGAAGGGACCGUCGAUGAAUAUUCACGGCUUGCUGAUUGCAUUUCCUUUGCCCGCGGAAAUGGAACCAGCAAGAACAAUAGUGUCAUGCCAAUAAAUAAUGCCAUGCAAUCAGGUGGGCCCUCAGGUGAAAACCUACAGGUGGCCAUUUCGGCUCGACUGGAUCCAACUUCUAUUGAGAAUGGGAGCUCACCAAAUACUCAAGUUGUCGAUUAG